CCAAGAAACGAAUGGAAUCGGUUCUCUCUUUCUCUCUGUUUCGCUUUCGCUUUCUCUUUCUUCUUCGCUUCGCUGCAUUGCCAUCAUUCUCAAAUUCUCUAUUUCAAACCAACCAUUCAGAAUGCAACGUUUUGUUGACGACGUCCUCGCUGUUACUAAAGAGUCGGUGAAGACGUUUACUUAUGAGUCGUUGAACAUUAUUGUGAGACUGAUCAACGGUGUCUCAGCUCUGGUGUUGGCACUGCUACCUGGGAAAGCUAAUAUACUUGAAGGUAUUCAGGGUUGGGAGCUCCGGCCAACUUUUCGUGGACCACGCUUUCCACGUUGGAUGGAAAAUGGCGUGUCCUCUUUCAAUCAGUUUAUUCAUGAGCUUUCUUUGGAUUCUGAUGUAUCAAGCCAAGAAUAUUUAUCUGGAGAAGAAGGAGAAGAAGAAGAAGAAGAAGACGGCGAUGAAUAUGAAGAAUAUCCUAAAACUACCUUGUCUGAAAGUUCUAGAGUCCCCAGAGCUACUUUUGCUGAUUACGGUAGACAGCAGACGGAUUGGAUAUUGAUUCCUCUACAGUUCUUGAUGGGUCUUCCAUUUCGUCUUUUCCAAUUAGUUUAUUCUAGGGUGUCAAAACCACGAUCUAUCUCUGGUUGUCAACACCCUUCACAACCACAUUCACCCAAUGGAGUGCAAAGCCUCAAGGAUCAAAUUAUUCAUCGGGCCACUGAUAGGAGACGUGGGGUCAUAGAGGAUCUUCAUUUGGCCAUGGAGAUAUUUAUAGAGGCUGUUUUUGAUGUUAUUCACAAGUCUAUACAUGUUCUUUUUUCCCCAUCAGAAGCUCUUGGAACUUUAUUCAGGUUCUUCUCAUCUCAUGAAAGGCCCAUUUUAGCAGAUAAUGAUGUUGUAGAGGAUGCCUCUGUUUCUUCAGCACCUGCAGAAAGGAAUACCAGUUUUCGUUCGUCUCUGAACACAGAUGCCCGGACAUGUCAAGAUGUUAUAACAGAGCUAGGGUACCCAUAUGAAGCUAUUCGUGUGAUCACUGCCGAUGGAUACGUUCUUCUUCUAGAAAGAAUUCCUAGGCGAGAUGCACGUAAAGUUGUUUAUCUUCAGCAUGGAAUCUUUGAUUCAUCAAUGGGUUGGAUAUCUAACGGUGUUGUUGGCUCUCCCGCCUUUGCAGCCUAUGAUCAAGGCUUUGACGUAUUUCUGGGAAAUAUUCGUGGCCUGGUUUCUAGGGAACAUGUCAACAAGAAUAUCUCCUCCCGUGAAUACUGGAAGUAUUCCAUCAAUGAAUAUGGGACGAAGGAUAUUCCUGCUUUGAUUGAGAAAAUCCAUCAAGUAAAAAUGGCUGAAUUGAGGCUUAGUAAGCCUGAUAUUGAGGAGGAAAGUAAUGACGAUCAGCUUUACAAGCUCUGUGCAAUUUGCCAUAGUUUGGGAGGAGCUUCUAUGUUAAUGUAUGUUGUUACGCGUAGGUUAAAAUCAAAGCCCCAUAGACUUUCACGAUUGAUUUUGUUAUCACCUGCUGGUUUUCAUCAUGACUCAAGCGUACUCUUUUCUGCGGUGGAGCAUGUGUUGUUUUUCCUGGGCCCUAUUUUAUCUCGUAUAUUCCCAGCCUUCUAUGUACCAACAAGGUUUUUCCGUAUGCUUGUUAACAAGUUAGCUAGGGACCUGCAACACCUACCUGCAGUUGGAGGAUUGGUUCAAACUUUAGUAGCUUAUGUUGCUGGCGGGGACAGCUCAAAUUGGGUUGGGGUUUUAGGAUUACCCCAUUACAACAUGAAUGAUAUGCCAGGAGUAUCGUUUGGUGUUGCUCUCCAUCUUGCACAGAUGAAACGUACUAGAAGAUUUAGAAUGUUUGAUUAUGGGAGUGCAUAUAAUAUGAAAAUAUAUGGUUCCCUUGAGCCUUUGGACUUGGGUGAACAUUAUGGACUCAUCGACAUUCCUGUUGAUCUGGUUGCUGGUCAGAGAGACACGGUAAUACGAUCUUCAAUGGUAAAGAGACACUAUAAAUUGAUGAAGGAUGCUGGUGUGGAUGUGUCAUAUAAUGAAUUUGAAUAUGCUCAUUUGGAUUUUACCUUCUCUCACCGUGAAGAGCUUUUGUCAUAUGUUAUGUCAAGUUUGCUGCUUGUGAAGCCCAAUUCAAAGAAACAUCAAAGGGCUCCAAGAUCGAGAAGGAAAGGACACACUUCAAUAAGUGGGUAAAAGAUGUGAAUCAUAUUUAUUUCCUAGUGAUGAGUUUUUCCUGUGUCUCGCACACUGUCGGAUGGAGCUGUAUAUACCUGUCCGGUUACAGACCUGUGUCAUCUACUCCAUUAAAUCUUAUCUCUUUUUCAUUCCUGUUUUGUUUAUGUUUGGGGAAGAAAUAGACCUUAAAAAACAAUGUUAGAAUACAUUGUAAAUAGUCUCAAUUCUCUGACUGAAUGGAACAGUGACGUCAGAGAAAAAAAAGAUAGUUGUUGUAUGUUAGUAGUUAA